UGACAAACGUUUUCCACAUUCUCGAAAUAGAUGUCUCAUUUUUCGUAAAGAGUCAUAACAGUUUCGUGUUUAAUGGCUGCUGCCUCAUGAGGAUCAUUGCCGGCAACCUACCCCUCAGCCCAUUGUGCAUAUUUAUGCAGUGUUACGCACAGCUUUCGCAUCCUCUCAUCUUCAGAAGACAGCAAGAGUCCUACUUGGGGGUUUCAGGACUACAGUUGCUGACAGGGUCCAGCGAGGCCAAGGAGAGCUUUAAUACGCGAUGGGUUCUGGGAAGCCAAUCGCAGAUGUGAUGCUGAAAUACCAGAGGGAAUUUGAGUUCAUCAAGCAUGAUGACAUCCUUCGGGACUUGAGGAUUGGGGGCUUCCUUGAAAACCAGGAAUUCUGGCAGAACGUCAAGAAAGACGUCAAUGGGAAAGUUUCCUUUCUGGUGGAGAAUCUACCAGGAAAAGGAGAUAGGGCUUUUCAAGCAUUCCUAGCAUCACUUGAGCAGCACGAUCAUGGUACUCUUGCCGGAGCCCUUCGUGUAGAUUCGGGGUUAUCAUUAUCUCACCAAGAGCCUAGAUCUGCUCCAGUUGCAUCAAUCAUGCAGAAUGAACCAGAAAGAGGAAAUAGUACACGGGAAGAAGUGGAUUACACAGCUACCUUACGACGUCUGAAGACCAUCUUUAAGGACAAAAACACACUCAUAGACAUGGACGACUUCCUUGAUAAGUUGGCGGAGAAAGGCCUCAUUUCCAUGGCAGAGGAACUGGAGUUUAAAAAGAAGUCGGAAGAAGUGGAUUACACAGCUGCCUUACGACGUCUGAAGACCAUCUUUAAGGACAAAAACACACUCAUAGACAUGGACGACUUCCUUGAUAAGUUGGCGGAGAAAGGCCUCAUUUCCAUGGCAGAGGAACUGGAGUUUAAAAAGAAGUCGUAUGCUGAACGGAUCGAUUCCGCGUUCUUCGCCCUAUUAAAAAAAAAUCCGAAGCUGGCAUACGAAUGUGUUUUAAAAAUUAUUGGGGAAAUGGAGAGGGAUGACAUCAAGGCGAAGUUUCUCAAUUCCCUUGGUAAGCCUUCAUCUCAAAAUGUAUAA